GGGGCUAGGUCCCACUUGCACGAAUUAAGAGAUACUGACCGUAGAUAGCGAAGAUCGACGGCCGAAAUCUCCUAAUUGGCGCAAGUGGGACCUUGCCCCGGGUUUCGUGAGGGCGGGGCGAUGGCGAUGGGCAUGUCGUCGCGCCGGCAACGUUUUCGGACCCGGAGAGGUGGAUCCGCGGUGAGGGGGAACGAUGGGGGAGGAGAAGGGGAGGCGAUGGCGGGUGGAACGUUUCCCGCCCAAGCUGGAAGAUCUCGAGGCCCCGGAAGUAUGUGCCGAGGAGGCAGCCCUUGUGCUUUUGGCGGGAGAGGCAGCUAUGGCGGGAAGGGUUCGAUGGAGUGGCGUAAUGCCGUUCUACGUUUGCGAGAAAUUCGAGAAUGCCUUGGCGGGACGGUGGGGACCACCAACCAGGAAAUUGAUGAGCCCGCUCUCUUGAACGCGCUCGAGGUCGCCUCUGGCCUCUCUCGACUUGCGGCAAAUGUGCCCUCUGAAGAAGCUUGGAAACGCUUACGAGUGUUAUCGGUGAUGGUGCAAUUGCGCAGGUACUAUUCUGUCCUCCUUAGGUUUUUGCAGUCUGUUUUGUCAGAGGGAACGACAGUCCAGGAAACAAACGUUCUCGGUCUGGUUGUAGCGCUUCGUCCAUUUCUUCAGUAUGGGCUUCUACAGGGCCGGCAGGGUUUGCUUGGAAGGCAGGCGAGGUCACCCCUUGCAAUAACUGCCAGCAAUAUAUUGAACUCGAGAAUUGGGGGUGCUUCACAAGUCUGUGCUACUGCUGAGGGAAACCCAGUGCUGGGUGUUGAAAGUGGCGGUGCGAAAUGUCAUGAUACUAUGCUUGAAGACAGGAAUGCCAGCAGAGGAGACGAGCACCCACUGACAACUUCACAGACCGCACCUUGCAGUGAUUCCUGGCUGAAGAAAAAGACGAGCAGUGAUGAUGGGAAGGUGGCGAUUGGAUGUGGGACAAAAAGUGGGGCAUAUGUCCCACCGCAUUUGCGUGGCGGAACAGGGACAGCAAAAGAUGCUGCUUUGGCAGGUAGCCGCCAAUCUAAUCCUGAAAGAUUGUUCACAGCCGGUGGGCAAUGCCCUCAAGAACUGGAAGUUGGAAUUGACAGGGUUGUGGAUGCUUCACCAGAUGGAUCUCUAACCUCAAGGGUUGUCGCUUUGUCUCAUGAAGAAGGGGCUUUGUUCUCAUCAGAUUCAGAUCUGAGUGACAACGACGGCGGAGAUGGUGAUCGCUUCAAAAGUUCGAAGACAAGAGUAAAUGCACUCUUUUGUAUACAGGCGAUUGCUCGAGUUCAUCCUAAAUCUCUACAUUCCUGUUGGUCGAUCCUUCUGCCCACAGAUGGGGUGUUACACUCAAGGCCUCAGCAAGGUACUGUUGUAGCGAAUAUGCUUUUUGACCCUGUACCAAAGGUCCGUUGUGCUGCGGCAAGUGUCCUUGCAGCGAUGCUGGAUGGACCUGCACGUAUUUUUCUUCAAGCGGCAGAAUGGAAAACAUUAGCUAGGAAACAACAGCCUUUCACAAGCUUGUCAUCGACACUUGGUCAGAUUGUUGUUCAGCUUCACACAGGGCUGCAGUAUGCCAUCAAGAAUGAGACGCAUGUGCCAACCUUGACCGGUGUUCUAAGGGCGCUCUCUCUCCUUGUGUCGGCUUCUCCUGAUGCGCCACAUAACGUGCGCGUGCGCUAUGCGUCGCACAUGCACAACUCACGCCCGCGUGAUGCGGCGCAAGCGUUGAGAGCUGCUGCCCACAAUUAUACGAGUGCGCUGACUCCUAAAUGGGAUGUCCUACAGUCAUUGAUUUCAAGGAUGAUAGAGAAAAGAAAUGAAAGUCGAGUUGCUGUGGCUGUGGACGAAUGUGGCAAUUGGAGAGGGGCUCCUCCAAAAGCCAGUGACAGCUGUGGCAGUGGUGAUGACAAAUCAGUGCAUGCCGCUGUGAAGUUGAUGGAUGAGUAUUUGCGAGCUGUGUCAGGCUACAAGGCCUCAGACGAUAUGUCUCUAGAUGAAGUCUUUGUUGAGUCACCUCGUGCUCAGGAUGGAAACAACGGAAGCAGUCCUUUUCCCUUGAAUGUGAGGACUCCAUUAAAGGUUGCUGGUGGAUUGCCAGGAUCAGAUGACAGUGGAGCGAGGUCCCCGGAGCAAGUGGGAAAGGUGGAUUGCAUGCCAGCUUUGAAUCAUGAAAAUGCUAUACGGGCAUGGGCGCUUGCGGCAAAUCACACUCUGCCUUUGGCAGUGAAAGACCAGUCACCAAUGGUGCGAGCUGCAGCCCUGACUUGUUAUGCAGGGAUGACGGCUGCUGGCUUCGAAUCCCUGCCAUCCACCAGGCAAGAGUGCAUACUAUCGACAGUUUUGAGUAUGGCUUGCGAAGACUCUGUUCCCGCUCCGCGGUCAGCUGCUUUUCGUGCACUUGGAGUUCUUGUUUAUUUCAGGUUCAUCAAUGAAAGUCAAUCAAGGUUAACCGCUGCACAUCAAGUGAUUGGGAAGGGAAUAUCAGACUCGUCACUCUCGGUGCGGAUUACUGCUGCUUGUGCAUUAGCAAAUCUGUGCAAUUCUUUGCGAAAGCAGGAGGAGGUGCUACUGGGAAGACUUCAUGGCACAAGAGAGCUCGGUAUUGAGGAGAAGUCGCUUGCAGAAAUGGCGAACUCUGCGCUUUUGGCCGCCCAGGAUUCUGACAAGGUCAGAUCCAGUGCAGUCAGAGCUCUAGGUAUUCUUGCUCGUUUUGCAGUAUUUCACGGAGAUGCAGAUGAACCGUUAACAGAAACUCCUGAAACUUCUGAAGUGCCAUCGAGGUGGUUGGUGCAGAUGAUUCAGACGCUUGUUUCUUGUGUUACGACAGGCAAUGUGAAGGUCCAAUGGAAUGUGUGCCACGCACUGGGCAAUGUUUUCCGGAAUAAGUCGAUCAGGCUAGCAUCGAUGCCCUGGGCUCUGUCGGUCUAUCAUAUCUUGCUUCUGUUAUUAAGAAAUUCAGCAAACUUUAAGGUCCGCAUCCAUGCAGCUGCUGCACUUGCUGUCCCACAGCAUCGAGAAGAUUAUGGCGGAGCUUUCGGGGACAUAAUGCGGUCACUGACCCAUGCGCUGGAGUCGCUUGACUCGGAGGAAGGAAACCAACCCUCUGACUUCAGAUACAGGGCGACACUUGUGGAGCAGCGUGCCACCUUCUUGCAGGACUGGAUGCUCUCUAUUACGGAGGCAAUCAUGAGGUCUGACCGGAACCGAAGCGAUGAUAGCUUCCAUGAUGCUGAGCACAUGGACCAUCUACCAAUGGCACAGGGCGGUGUUCAGACUUACCAUGAGCAGCAGUCUGUUUUUCAUCACUCUGCAAAGGCAGAGCCACUUGCGGCGAUGGUUCACAAGCUAGGAAUUGACGAUCAACCGCUCCCAAAGCUGCUUCCAAGCCACCUGUACAGCGCUCGGCAGAUUACUCUAAUUUCUUCGCUCUCACGAUCACCACGCCUCAGGUCUUUGGUCACAAUCGAGGACGUUCGAAGGGCAGCACACUCCCUGGAGGCACUGUAUUUAGCGGGGGGAAAUUCUGGCAGCAAAUUCUAUAACGACAUGUUGCGGCAGUACGGUCUGCUGUAUUAAGAGCCUGUCUUGGAGUCUGCAGGGAGGCCACCACUUACCGCAGCAGCGAGAAAGGACUUAACUGUUCGACAUGUGGCUGUUGUGCCGACAAAG